CUGAACAUAUAUACGCAUCAUCGAAAUAUUUCAUGGCAAACAAGAUUUCUUCUUGGUUAAAUGUCUCUGGACCAUCAUACGUUGUAGAUACAGCCUGCAGUUCAAGUCUUUUCGCUUUAGCUCUUGCUUACACAAGAAUGAAAAAUGAAGAAUGUGAUGCGGCCAUUGUAGCUGGUGUUAAUCUGUGUUUAAACCCGUAUGAGACAUACCAGUUCUUCCAUCUUGGAGUAUUGUCCGCUGAUGGUUACUGCAGACCUUUUGAUGAAAAAGGCCGUGGUUACAUGCGCAGUGAUACCGUUGCUGUGCUGUUUUUGCAGAAAGCAAAAGAUGCAAGAAGAAUUUAUGCUACGUGUGUUCAUGUUAAAACAAAUUGCGAUGGUUUCAAAGAAGAAGUAGGCGAUCCAGUAGAAGUUACAGCUAUUGAUCAAGUUUUCUGUAAAAACAGAAAUAGUCCUUUAUUGAUGGGCUCAAUAAAAUCAAAUCUUGGACAUGCUGAGCCUGCUAGCGGUCUCUGUCAAAUAGCAAAAAUACUGAUAGCAAUGGAAACUGGUAAAAUUCCAGCAACUCUGCACUUCAAAUCACCGCGAAAAGAUCUUACUGCUGUUCUUGAAGGUAGAAUUAAAAUUAUUACUGAACUUACACCAUUUAAUGGUGGGUAUGUGGCGGUUAAUUCUUUUGGAUUUGGUGGCGCAAACUGCCAUGUAAUAUUAAAAUCAAAUCCGAAAAAUAAGAUCAAAAAACUAGACGAUUUACCUAGACUUGUAAUUGUGUCUGGUCGUACUGAAGAAGCUGUUAAAACGAUUCUGGAUGAUGUGCAUAAUCGGCCGAUUGAUACAGAAUAUAUUGCUUUUUUACACAGCAUUUAUAAUAAAAAUAUAGAACGUCACCCAUAUAGAGGAUAUACUAUAGUUGGAUUAACAGAAGAUCAUACGUCAAUUAAUAAGCUAGAAUGUUAUUCAAAUAUAAGUAAACAAAUUUGUUUUCUAUUUCCCGGAACAGACGUCAUAUGGAGUAAUAUAGGCAAAGAAUUACUGAAACUACCAAUAAUUGUCAAAACAAUUCAGAAAUGUGAUGAAGCACUAAAACCAUAUGGUAUAUGUGUCACGGACAUUUUAUUAAAUAAAAACGAAAUUACUUGCAAUGACAGUAUAAAAUCAUUCGUGGCAAUCAUUAGUAUUCAGAUUGCAAUAGUAGAUCUUUUACUACAUAUUGGAAUUGUGCCCGAUUAUGUACUUGGUCAGUCGAUUGGUGAACUUUUGUGCGGAUAUGUGGAUGAACUUUUUACUGUUGAAGAAACAAUUUUAAUGGCGUAUUAUAUGAGUGUUGCGUUUGAUAAAAUAAAAGUAGAACAGUGUGAUUAUAUUUCUGAUGCUUCUAAUCAGUAUUCAGAAUCUACUAAAUUAAAGCUACUAGAAUAUCUGAAUCAAAUAGCACCAUAUAAAUCUAUGAAAAAUUUUAAGUAUAGUAAGAAAUGGUUAAACAAGUUUUUGCCUCACAACAAAAUAUACAACUCAUUUACGCAGUUAUCUGCUGCAGAAUAUUAUGCACACAGUGCAGUAUAUUCGUCACUUGAAGAAAUUUUACCUAUGAUACCGAAAAAUGUGGUACUUCUUGAAAUAGUAUCAUAUAAUAAUUGGAUAUUUUUUAUAAAAAAAUGUUUGAAUUCAAACUAUAUUUCAUUAUUUCAACACGAUCAACAAAAUAAUAUAGAUAGCAUUUUGAAAGGAAUUGGGAAUCUUUAUAAUAUCGGAUGCCAACCGCAAGUUGCAAACUUAUAUCCGCCAAUACAAUUUCCAGUCAGUCGUGGAACAUCAAUGAUAUCUCCUCUCAUAAAAUGGGAUCACUCUGAAAAUUAUUAUGUUGCAAAGUUUGUAAGUGAGGAAAAACCUACCAUUAGAGAAACAGUUCAAGAGAUUACAUUCAAAGACUCCAAUUUGAAAUAUAUGUAUGAUCAUGUAAUUGACGGUAGGAUUCUAUUGCCAGCUUCAGGUUAUCUGAUUUUAAUUUGGAAAAUGAUUGGAACAAUGUUAUGCUGCGACUAUAAAGAUAUACCAAUUAUAUUUGAAGAUGUUAACUUUCUUCGUGCUACUUACUUAUCAAAAACGACUACAGUUAAACUGACUCUUUCAAUACAAAAAGGCAGCAAUCAGUUUGAGAUUAGUGAAGAAACUACUGUUGUUGUUACUGGAAAAGUGUGGAUUCCACAUGAUAUUGCAAAUCAUAAAUUACUUAUUCAUAAUUUAAAAGAACCUGAAUAUAACGUUACAAAAUGUAUGAGUACCAAGGAUAUUUACAAAGAACUACGACUUCGUGGUUAUCACUAUUUUGGUAUAUUUCAAGGCUUGAAAAGUGCAUCAAUUUCAGCAAAAAUGGGAUAUAUUACAUGGUCAGACAAUUGGACAGCAUUUAUUGACAACAUGCUGCAGAUGAAAAUUUUAUUACUAGAUUCAAGAAGUCUUUUCGUACCAACAAGAAUUCGUAAAUUAGUAAUUGAUCCUCAAUUUCACAUAAACCAAAUACAAACUACGCCUGAUGAAAAAGCGAACUUUUCUGUACGCGUUUAUGAUUCUCUGGACGUUAUAAUAUCUGGAGGAAUAGAAAUUUAUGGCGUUAUGGCUACAAAUAUAUCUCGACAAGUUCCUGAACCUAUUCAUGAUGAAUAUUGUUUUAUUGCUCAUUGUGAUCGUGCUGUGAUGUCUCUACCAGAAAUUAUACAAAUAUCAGCGCAUAUCUCGCUUGAAUGUAAUCCAGUACUACAGGCAAAUUUUAUUGAAUUAAUUGAAGAUGUUGACACAGUUACAGAGCAAGAUCUAAUCUCUACAAUCCUUUAUGACAUUUUAAAUAAUUUGCCAAUGAUCGAACCAAAUGUUACAUUGGUUGCUCCAACUAAUCGUUUCAAAAAUAAUGAAUUAUCUCCAAAUAUCAAGCAGUCCGACAAUUUGACAAAAGAUAACAAUUUCCUAAUGAUUAUUGUUUUCAAACUUUUAACAAAAAACANAAGUGAAUUAAUCAAUACAUUAUUGUCUACAUUAAANNAAGGUUGCUUUGUGCUGUCAAGAGAAAAUCUCACUGAGUCCUACAAUUAUACAUUAUUACAACAAUAUAAGUUGAAUAUAGUUUUAGAGAAACGUACAGAGAAAGAGGCAUUUGUGCUUUUAAGAAAAACACAAAGCAUUGUACCGCAAGAAGUUAUAUAUAUAAAUAACUCUGACUUUUCGUGGAUUAACAAGUUGAAGUCUGCAUUAAACAUGGAUGAUAACUUAAACGCAUCCACAAGAACAAUAUUAGUUGCGGACGAUUUUGAAUGUGGCAUAUUGGGUUUUAUCAAUUGUUUACGAAAAGAGCUGAACAAAACAGAUGACAAGAUUAGAUGUGUAUUUAUCCAAGAUGAAAAUGCGCCGAAAUUUUCUUUACAAGACUCUCUCUACAUAAACCAAUUACACUUGGACUUGCCUGUUAACAUUUUACGCCCCAACAAAGUUUGGGGAUCGUAUAGACAUCUUCCGUUACCACAACUAAAACCAAAAUUUGUACAGCAUGGUUAUGUCGCUCAGAGUGUGCGAGGUGAUUUAAGCAAGUUGCGUUGGGUUGAAGGGCCGAUAUCUCCUGAUUACAAACAAGAAAAUCUCGUACGUGUAGUAUACGCAUCACUUAAUUUCAAGGAUAUUGUGAUAGCUAUCGGUAGAAUUCCUUUAGAGAUUUUUGGAAACGCAAGAAAUAUCGAUUCUCUCUUAGGAUGUGAAUUUGUCGGGUACAAUACGGCUGGUAAAAGAAUAAUGGGAAUAUCUACUGUAAGAGGAAUCACAAAUCUUAUUGUGGCUGAUCCACAACUUUCUUGGAUCAUUUCUGACAAAUGGACGUUUGAGGAUGCUGCAACUGUCCCAAUUGCUUAUUGUACGAGUUAUUAUGCUUUGUACACACGUGGAAACUUAAAGAAAGGAGAUAAAAUUCUUAUACAUUCCGGCACUGGUGCCGUUGGGCAAUCUGCAAUUUAUCUCGCGCUUUUUGAAGGAUGUGAAGUUUUUACAACUGUAGGAACACCUGAAAAACGAAACUUUAUAAGAGAAAAAUUUCCUUCUAUNCCUGAAGAUCAUAUAGGAAAUUCUCGAGACACCAGCUUCGAACAAAUGAUNAGUCAACAAACAANAGGUCGAGGUGUNGACAUCGUGCUAAAUUCUUUAGCAGAAGACAAACUCAAGCAUCUAUUCGGUGUUUGGCAAAAGGUGGUCGAUUUUUAGAAAUU